CCCUGAAUUCCCCUCUUCAUUGCCAUUACCAGUAGAUCAUUCCAUACCCAGAAGGUUCCAUUGUUUGUUUAGGUGUCACCGCAGCCGACUUCGAAAAUGCCCGACCUCAGCCACUUCUCGCGUUCCAGCCGGAUGAACAGUCUUACCCAGAAUAUGAGACGGAUAUCGAGUGCAAGACGCGCUGGCCAGGGCCCUCUCCCGACCCUUUCCCUCCCCGAUACUAUGCGGAACAACAUAGUUGCCACGAUAGGCGAAUUCGUUGGGACAUACCUCUUCCUCUUCUUCUCCCUGGCCGGUGCCCAGAUUGCCAACACCCCCCAGCCGGCCGACGACGCGCCCCCGAAUCCCGCCGCACUUAUCCUCGUCAGCUUGGCUUUCGGUGUCUCAUUGACCGCCAAUGUUUGGGCUUUCUACCGCAUCACUGGUGGUUUAUUCAACCCUGUCGUCACUCUCGCUUUAGUGCUCUGCGGGGGUCUUCCUAUCAUCCGUGCCAUAUGCGUCGUGCCAGCCCAGUUGAUAGGCGGCAUAGCUGCCGCCGCCGUGGUAUCGGCCCUGUUCCCGGGGGCUAACCUCGUCCUCGUGUGCUUUCGUUCUUUUUUUUCAGGCACCUAUUUCACUGGCGGCUCCCUCAAUCCGGCUCGCUCUCUUGGCCCCGCCGUGGUCAACCACUCGUUCCCGGGGUAUUUCUGGAUCUACUGGGUGGGCCCCAUCUUGGGAUCGUUGCUGGCCUGCGCCUUCUACACCCUACUUCGCGCUCUGCGCUAUCAGGACUGUAACCCCGGACAGGACUCGGAUGGCGAACUAGAGGACAAGCGUAGUCAUUCGCCGCCUGAAGAAAAUGGGCAUGCCGCAUAA